AUGGCUGUGCCAGCUUCACCUGGUGUGGCAUCACCACAAACACCUGAACUGACAUCAUCCUCACUGGAAUUGGCAUCUUCAUCACCUGAUGUGGCACCACCAACUUCACCUGAACUGGCACCACCACAAUCACCUGAUGUGGCACGACCACCCUCACUUGAUGUGGCACCACUGCAAACACCUGAUGUGGCACCACCACCUUCACCGGAUGUGGCAUCACCUCCUUCACCGGAUGUGGCAUCACCACCUUCACCAGAUGUGGCACCACCACCUUCACCGGAUGUGGCAUCACCUCCUUCACCGGAUGUGGCAUCACCACCUUCACCAGAUGUGGCACCACCACCUUCACCGGAUGUGGCAUCACCUCCUUCACCGGAUGUGGCAUCACCACCUUCACCAGAUGUGGCACCACCACAAUCACCAGAUGUGGCACCACCACCUUCACCGGAUGUGGCAUCACCUCCUUCACCUGAUGUGGCAUCACCACCUUCACCAGAUGUGGCACCACCACCUUCACCGGAUGUGGCACCACCACCUUCACCAGAUGUGGCACCACCACAAUCACUGGAUGUGGCAUCACCACCUUCACCUGAUGUGGUACCACCUCCUUCACCGGAUGUGGCACCACCACCUUCACUGGAUGUGGCACCACCACAAUCACUGGAUGUGACAUCACCACCUUCACCUGAUGUGGUACCACCUCCUUCACCGGAUGUGGCAUCACCACCUUCAUCUGAUGUGGCAUCACCACCUGCACCAGAUGUGGCACCACAGCCCUCACCUGAUGUGGCAUCACCACCUUCACCAGAUGUGGCACCACAGCCCUCACCUGAUGUGGCAUCACCACAAUCACCUGACGUGGCAUCACCACCUUCACCGGAUGUACCACCACCUUCACCGGAUGUGGCACCACCACCUUCACCGGAUGUGGCACCACAGCCCUCCCCUGAUGUGGCAUCACCACCUUCACCUGAUGUGGCACCACAGCCCUCCCCUGAUGUGGCAUCACCACCUUCACCUGAUGUGGCACCACCACAAUCACCUGACGUGGCACCACCUCCUUCACCGGAUGUACCACCACCUUCACCUGACGUGGCACCACCACAAUCACUGGAUGUGGCAUCACCACCUUCACCGGAUGUGGCACCACCACAAUCACCGGAUGUGGCAUCACCACCUUCACCGGAUGUGGCACCACCACAAUCACUGGAUGUGGCAUCACCACCUUCACCGGAUGUGGCACCACCACAAUCACCGGAUGUGGCAUCACCACCUUCACCGGAUGUGGCACCACCACCUUCACCGGAUGUGGCACCACAGCCCUCACCUGAUGUGGCAUCACCACCUUCACCUGAUGUGGCAUCACCACCUUCACCGGAUGUGGCAUCACCACCUUCACCUGAUGUGGCAUCACCACCUUCACCUGAUGUGGCACCACAGCCCUCACCUGAUGUGGCACCACCACCUUCACCAGAUGUGGCACCACAGCCCUCCCCUGAUGUGGCAUCACCACCUUCACCUGAUGUGGCACCACAGCCCUCACCUGAUGUGGCAUCACCACCUUCACCAGAUGUGGCACCACAGCCCUCACCUGAUGUGGCAUCACCACCUUCACCUGAUGUGGCACCACCACCUUCACCGGAUGUGGCACCACAGCGCUCACCUGAUGUGGCAUCACCACAAUCACCUGACGUGGCACCACCACCUUCACCAGAUGUGGCACCACAGCGCUCACCUGAUGUGGCACCACCACAAUCACCUGAUGUGGCAUCACCACCUUCACCAGAUGUGGCACCACAGCCCUCACCUGAUGUGGCACCACCACAAUCACCUGAUGUGGCAUCACCACCUUCACCAGAUGUGGCACCACAGCGCUCACCUGAUGUGGCACCACCACCUUCACCUGAUGUGGCAUCACCACAAUCGCCUGACGUGGCACCAACUUCACUGAAUGUUGCAUCACCACACUCCCCUGAAUUCACACUGCCAUCUUCACUUGACGUGGCACCACCACGAUCGCCUCAACUGGCAUCGCCACAAUCACCUAAAUUCACAUCAUCACCCUCGUCUGAAGUGACAACCGCCAACUUCACCUGA